UAUUCGAAACAAGAAACAGAUUUGACUAGUAGGAAUGUACCCUAUUGAUACUCUUUGUUGUUUAAUUUCGUAGCUUAUAAAUCUUAUAAUACCUAAUAUACUUUACUCUUUGGCUUAUAAUAUUUUCAUUGUCAUGGUUUUAUGUCAAUGUGAUGUGCCGUCAAAUGUCAACCAGUAAAAGACUGCUGCACCCUCUUAUAAAUAAAGGUUCUUGCGAGUUAAGGAUUAUUACAAAUAGGUCUAAAAUACGAAGUAUGUUUCUCAUUUCAGUAUAAAAAAUAUUACAUUAAAAAAGCUUACAUACUAGUUUAUAACCUGCCGUGGUUAUAUUUAACUAAGUAGAUAUGUUUUUUGAAAACUGUUCUGAUCUCGAUGCAUUGGCGCAACUUCGAAAAUGCGAUACUUUUCAAAAUCACUAAUAUCUAAACCAUAAGCAAAAUAAAAUGCCGCAUACAAAGGAAAUAAAACACAAGUUAAUAUAUUUUUGUAAGAAAGUCAUUUCAUUUGUUCUUAGAAACCAAAAGCACUUCAUUUGCCAGACACGCGCUACUGCAACGAUUACCAAGACAUCUUUUUUACCUGUUGCUAUAAUAGAAAAUUCUUCUAAUUUAGUGGAUAUUUGUUAUUUUAAAAUUAUCCCGUUCUCGAAAUUAACCCAAUACAGUCACCAUCAUUAAAUUUAAGAACAGGGCUCUUGUCGAUGCAGCUUGAUGAAGUUGUCUCCACCUUGGUCGAUCCAAAGCCAGCCCUUUUGUGUCCUGGUAUGACACGGCCCCUACAUGCUCCUUUACUUGGCUCAUAUAACUUUUUCUUGGUCUUCCCCUCCCUCUCCUUCCAUUUAUUUUCCCUUCUAAGGGUAUUUAAUGUUGUAUUCGUAAAAUUGUGACUAAGAAUUGUAAAUUGUUGUUGCUUAUAAGCUUUCCUCAUAUUUUUACAGGUUGUCAAAAUGUCUUCCAAGCGCGUGGAGGACAAGCAUAAGAAAUGGCUGGACAGGAUCCUCUCGCACAGCGGUCUGGUCUGCGUCAGGUCGCCACCACCGUCUGCUCAGGUUUCGGCUGCGACUCUAGUGACGGAAGAAGCAGCUUCCACUGAGGAGGAAGAAGAUAGCAGUAUAGAAAUCAUAUCACGCGAAGAAUCACAAAAAGAGGUCCUCGAAGAAUCUUACGAAGAGGAAAGCACUAUCUUCCCCUCUCCUUCUCUCCGCCGACUUGUUCCUGAUAAAAUACGAAAAAUUGAGGAACAUAACAGAAUUCACGUAUUGCCGAAAGAGUUUAAGACUAAUAUAGAUCCGGCGUUAAUACCUAAGAUUGUUCCUCAAGUGAGGUAUAUAGAUAUAAUAGCAAGUUUGGUGGGUUGUACGGAGUAUAAGAGCAGUUUGGCCGAGUUCUGGUUCUUGGACACGUUGGCCAACUUGUUGAGGAGGGCUCAGGAGGAUCUGCUUCCAAGAACCACUCAGGCGGUCCUGAUGCUGUGGUUCUGCGAGUGGAUGAAGGAGAUUCAGAACUUCGACGCUGCGAGCCGAAAACGUAUGCUGAGACGAUUCAAGGACAACAUGCUCUCAGCCGCCCGUUUCAUCGCCGAAGUUCCCCGCCUGCCCACUCCCUCGGAGGCCGGGGUCCGCUACAGAGCCCUAGAGGAAGAUGUAGAGACACAUACUAAGGAUGCGCGCUCGAAGAAAAGCCUAGUGGUUGAGGAUAUACGUCUGGUGACGUUUGAGGGCUGCGCGUACGAGUGCGCCAUGAGGGAUCUGGUUACGAUCAUGCAUUAUAUCUUUGAUUUAUUUAGUACCGACUACCAGUUCGAUUUAGUCCGCUCCAUCUUUACUUUCACCCCCGAAUACAAUCUCAUCGACCUGCCCCUCACUCUGCAAAACCCGAAGCGGCUGUUCUUACCCCUCAAGCCCAAGAAGGAGAAACCUAAGAAGGAGAAAGAAGUUAAAAAGGACAAGGGGAAGAAGAAGGACGUGGACACGGAGGAAUAUUUGGCGUUGAUGGAGUUAAAAGCUCGAUCCGAGCGCGAGUUGGAAGAGCAAGAAGCCAAGGAUGCCGAACUUUGGAACAUGCGUAGCAGUAUUCUUCCGCUGAUGUUCGCGGGGACAGACGAGCUGUUCGACAAGUACUGGCCGCCGCCGCCCCCGGAGCCCGAGCCGGAGCCCGAGCCCAAGCCCGACAAGGGGAAGAAGAAGAAAUAGGGCUCCAUUUUUAACUAAUAGUUAUUAUUUCCCUGUUUUUUUCUAUGUGCUUGCUACUCAGUUUUUCCUUCAACUAUUCAUACAGUCCCUAUCAGAUAUAUCAGAGCGGUCACGAUGCUCGAUAAUAUCCGAACAUGCACUUCAGUUCUGCAGGUACUGGCCCUGGGCGGAGGCCGAGCGCAAGCCAGGGGUCUUUUCCCCGGAGAAGAAAUAGGGUUUCAAUUUCAUACUUUACUAAUAAUAAUAAUAUAUCACUGUAAAACUUUA